GUUUUAUGAACUGAGUGGGUGGGUGCGCUCCAGUCACGAGCAAAGGAAAGGGAAAUCGUUGUAAAUCCCAUUCAGCGCCUUGUGCAUCCUUUUGACAAAAGGAGGGGAAAAAAAGUUUUUUAAUGUUUUUUUUUUUCCAUGUCAUUUUGUUUUCCUCAGCACUUCGGGUUUUCUGACACAAACCCAGUCCGCUCACACGCGUCGACUGAGCGAGGUUCACCUGAGCGCGCGCUCCCUCCCCCCCUCCGCCUCCCUCCUCUCACAAUCAAGGAUUUGUAAUUUGGUGAACCGAAAGAAAAAGGGGAAAAAACAAAAACGACGACUCACUUUUACACACUUUUCCAGCAGCAUAGUCGGCAAACAAUCCUCUCAAGCCUGUGCAGUUCUGGGACCGGAGAUCUGGAAAUGAAGACAUAUUUCACGCUUUUCUGCCGGACUUGGAUUGGAAUAGCGUACGCCUCAGGCCUGGCGAUUGGCUUAUCUAUGACUCCGCCCACGCUUGAUGGCUCCAAAGGCGAUCGUGUAAUUUCUGUCAACGAAACACUUUCUAUUACAUGCAGGGGACAGCGCAUUCUGGCCUGGUCUUGGCCGGACAACACGCUGGUUGGAAAGGAAGAAACAAGCCGUCAGGACCAGCUUAAGACCACUGGGUCCCCCAGUGAGAGGACGGUCUCUGUCAGCGAAUGUCCAGGGCAGAAGGGGUCGCAGUACUGCAAGAGGCUGAUCCUGCAUAAUGCGCAGGGCCAAGACACAGGCUAUUAUCGCUGCUAUUAUAAGAAUAUUAAAGCCAUCAUUGACGGUACCACCGCUGUCAGCAUUUAUGCCUUUGUCAGAGACCCUACGCAGCCCUUCCUCAUGAGAGGUGGAGCCAGUGAACCCCUGGAGACCAUUUUUAUCACGCGCUCCGCCACGCACGUCAUAGUGCCGUGUCUGGUCACGGUUCCAGAUCUGAACGUCACUCUUGACUCGUUAUACCCUCUGGAUACCAGUGGGAUGAAGUGGGACAACAAGCGAGGCUGGUCCAUUCCUAGAUACGUCAUUGACAGUGUGCCAACGGUCUUUGUAGUAUGCAGGGCCACACUGGAAGGCAUAAACUACUCCUCCAACAACUACUUAAUCCAUGCUACUGGAAGUAAGAUUCUCGAAGUCAAGCUGUUUCCUGAGGAGCCGGUAGAGUUGAUGGUGGGGGAGGCUCUCACCCUGAACUGCACGGCGCUAGUGGAGUUCAACACCGGGGUGGACAUCCAGUGGUCCUUUCCUGGUAAACAGACGAAGAGCUUGUUUGAGACUAAGCCCCAGCGAGAAGCUCUGUCUCAUGCCACAGAGGCAGUUCAGGUCCUGACCAUCCACCGUGUCAAUGUCACAGACACUGGACCGUACAUCUGCAAUGUUACCACCAUGGAAACAACAGAAAUUAUGCAGACCCAAGUUGUUGUCCAUGAAAGGCCAUUUAUCAACCUUGACUACAGAGAUGGACCUGUGGUGGAGGUAACUGCUGGCCAGAAGUCAUUCAAAUUACAACUAAACGUCUCUGCCUUCCCCACACCUGAAACGCAAUGGUAUAAAGACGGCAUGCUGAUAAACCAGCGGCCAGAGUUCAAGAAGAAAAGGAUAAAAAUGCACUCUAACCACGCUUUGGAGAUUAAAGAUGUUUGUCAGGAGGACUCUGGGUUGUACACGGUGGUGCUGAAAAACAGUGCCGCUUUGCUGGAGAGGAGACUCAACAUCACGCUCGUUGUUAAUGUUCCCCCAGAGAUUUAUGAGAAAAAAGCUGCCGCUCCUUCCAGUCCUUAUCGCAGUGGCAGCAGCCAGACGCUAAAAUGUACCGCCUAUGGACUCCCUGCGCCCAACGUCAGCUGGCAGUGGAGAGCCUGGGGUCCCUGCGUCGUCAACAGCACAGAAAAGCGACCAGUCCAACGAGACAGGAAGAGCAGGAGCGACGGGAUCGCAGACUGUCAGAACUGGCAGGACAUUAACUCAGAAAACGCCGUGAAUGAAGUUGAAUCUGUUGAAACGUCUGUUGAAGUGGUGGAUAACCAAGAGAAGAUUGUGAGCAGGCUUCCAAUACGCAACGCCAGUGUUUCAGUCAUCUACAAGUGCUCUGCUGAAAACAAAGUGGGCAAAGACGAGUUUCCCAUCUACUUUUACGUGACCACCAUCCCUGAAGGUUUUAGCGUGGAUGUUCAUCCCUCUGAGCAUCCCACGGAGCAGGAGAAAGUGUCUCUGUCCUGCAGCGCCGACAACUACACCUACGAUCAGCUGCACUGGUACCGGCUCAACCCCCAGGCUCUGCAGGACCAGCAGGGCAAGCCCCCGGGGCUGGACUGCAGCAGCGUUCACCACUAUGCCGAGCCUCUGCAGGCCGAGCCCUCCUUCCAGCAGCACUCCAACAGCUGGGUCCUGGACCUCACCAUGGAGUCCAUACGGCUGCAGGAUGAGGGACACUAUGUGUGCAAAGCUCAGGGAAGACGCAGCGAGGAGAGACAGUGCCUGUUUCGGUACAUCUCUGUCAAAGCCCUGGAAGCACCUCGGUACAAGCGCAGCCUCACCAACCAGACGGUGAACGUAACCGAGUCUCUGCGGAUGGAGUGCGACGUGGAGGGCAGGCCUUUGCCCCAUCUCUCCUGGUUCAAAGACAACCAGCCCCUCCACCAAAUGUCAGGGAUCCAGCUGCAGGAUUCAAACCGCACGCUGAGUAUCCAGCGGGUCACAGAGGAGGAUGCUGGCCUCUACACCUGCACUGCCUGCAACCAGCGAGGCUGCGUCCACUCCUCAGCCGCCGUCAGGGUCAUUGGUUCCAGCGACAGGGCCAAUGUGGAGAUAGUCAUCCUCAUCGGGACAGGAGUCAUCGCGGUGUUCUUCUGGGCUUUGCUGAUCCUCAUCUUCUGCAACGUGAAACGGGUUAACCCAGUAGACAUAAAGACGGGCUACCUGUCGAUAAUAAUGGACCCGGCGGAGGUGCCGCUGGACGAGCAGUGCGAAUACCUGCCCUAUGACUCGUCACAGUGGGAGAUCUCCAGAGACAGACUCCAACUGGGAAAGGUUUUAGGCCAUGGUGCCUUUGGAAAAGUAGUCGAGGCAUCAAUCUACGGCAUCAGCAAGAGCAAAAGUUUAAACACGGUGGCUGUUAAGAUGCUGAAAGAGGGAGCCACGGUCAGCGAGCACAAGGCAUUGAUGUCGGAGUUAAAGAUCCUGAUUCACAUCGGUAACCAUCUGAAUGUGGUCAACCUGUUGGGAGCCUGCACCAAACCGAAUGGUCCAUUGAUGGUGGUAGUGGAAUACUGCAAAUAUGGGAAUCUGUCCCAAUUCCUGCGAGCCAAGAGGGAGUUCUUCCUUCCCUACAGGGACCGCUCGCCCAAAACCCAGAGCCAGAUGAGGCGGAUGAUCGAAGCCGGUCAGACGGAUCAAAGAGCUCCUCCGCCGUCCUCCUCGCCCCUCAGCAGUCCUCAGAUUACAUCAUCCAAGGCAUCUAAUGAGAACCCUGCAGCAGAGAAACUGGAGGACCUGUGGAAAACCCCGCUGACCAUAGAGGACCUAAUAUGCUACAGCUUCCAGGUGGCUCGUGGGAUGGAGUUCCUGGCCUCCAGAAAGUGCAUCCACAGAGAUCUGGCAGCCCGGAACAUCCUCCUGUCAGAGAACAACGUGGUGAAGAUCUGUGACUUCGGCUUGGCCAGAGACAUUUACAAAGACCCCGAUUAUGUCAGGAAAGGCAACGCUCGUCUGCCUCUGAAGUGGAUGGCUCCAGAGAGUAUCUUUGACAAAGUGUACACCAGCCAGAGUGACGUGUGGUCUUUUGGAGUCCUCCUCUGGGAAAUCUUUUCACUGGGUGCAUCUCCGUACCCAGGAGUGCAGAUUGAUGAAGAGUUCUGCAAACGGUUGAAAGACGGCGUCAGAAUGAGAGCACCGGAGACAGCCUCUCCUGAAAUAUAUGGCAUCAUGCUGGCCUGCUGGCAUGGCGAGCCCAAAGAGAGGCCGACGUUUCCUGCUCUGGUCCAGAUCCUGGGAGACCUACUGCAGGACAACAGUCUACCGGACGGGAAGGAUUACAUCCCCCUGAACCACUCGCAGAACUCAGAAGAUGACGGUUUCUCACAGAAUUCAUCUCGUCCUGCAUCAGAGGAGGAACUGAGACUGGCUUGCACCACUUUGCCCACGAGGUAUUACAACUGCGUGCCCUUUGCCGGCUGGGUGUUUGUUGGGCCCUCUAAAACAUGUCAGCCCAGUGUGAAGACGUUUGAAGACUUGCGCCAGGGGAUGCAGUCACAGAAACCUCCACAAGAUAACCAGACCGACAGCGGCAUGGUGCUGGCCUCGGAGGAAUUCGAGCGGAUCGAGCACAACCACCGGGGCGCCGUGUUGAAAAGCCGUAUGAGCAGCACCAGCAGCACGGAGCCCCUGACAGCCCCCCACUGCUCCCUGGGUCAGAACGCCGGCAGCUCCGGACACCGUCCCAGCUUCUUCAGCCAGCUGAAGGGGCAGACCUUCUACAACAACGAGUACGGUCACCUGUCCGAGGAGGGCUUCUGUGACUUCUACUCAUCGCCGGGGACCCCUUCCCUGGCCUCGUCGAACGUCUGAUCUUCCCAAAGAUGGCGACCCCCGGGAGCAGAGAUGUUGGGAGCCUGAUGGAGGAUUGUGAAAUUAUAGCAACAUCUCAUCAUCGACCUUGGAUGAAGACCUGAGCAGAGCUGGCUUUUACUCCUCUCACCUUUCCUCCUCAGCAGUCGGACUUAUUGAUAUGUGCCUGAAGUUCCUUUAACCAGCCACUGGGUGGCAGUAUUAUGACAAAAAUGAUGGAAAAUCAUUUUCUUUACAUACGUUUAUAUUUUUAUCUUUUAUAUAAGAGUUUUUUUUCCCCAUUAUUUUUACACGUUAUGACUCAUUUAGGAAGAAAUAAGAAAUAAAGACAAUGUAUCCUCUU